GCCGCCCUCUCGCCCCACCGCUUCAGCGUCGCGCCGAUGAUGGACUGGACGGACCGGCACGACCGUUACUUCCUUCGCCUCAUCUCGCGCCGCGCCCGGCUUUAUACCGAGAUGGUGACCACCGGCGCCCUGCUGCACGGGGACGCGGCGCGCUUCCUCGCCUUCGACCCGGCCGAGCGGCCGGUCGCGCUGCAGCUCGGCGGCUGCGAUCCGGCGGCGCUGGCCGACUGUGCGCGACUGGCCGAGGACUGGGGCUACGACGAGAACGCCCGCUUCGGCGCCUGCCUGAUGGCCGAGCCGGAGCUGGUGGCGCGCUGCGUGGCGGCCAUGGGCGCGGCCACGCGCCUGCCGGUGACGGUGAAGUGCCGCAUCGGCAUCGACGAGCAGGACGACGAGGCGGCCUUCCGGCGCUUCGUCGACGUGGUGGCCGACGCCGGCGGCGCGCAAACCUUCAUCGUGCACGCCCGCAAGGCUUGGCUGCAGGGCCUCAGCCCGAAGGAGAACCGCGAGGUCCCGCCGCUGCGCUACGAGCUGGUGCAUCGUCUCAAGCAGGCGCGGCCGGAGCUGACCGUGGUGCUGAACGGUGGUCUUUGCGACCUGGACGCCGCCGCCGCCCAGCUCGCCCAUGUCGACGGGGUGAUGCUGGGCCGGGCGGCCUACCAGAACCCCUGGCUGCUGGCCGAGGUGGACCGGCGGUUCUUCGGCGCGCAGACGCCGCCGCCGCGCCGCGAGGCGGUGCUGGCCGAGAUGAAGGCCUACAUGGCGCGCGAGGCCGCGCGGGGCGUGCCGGCCAAGGCC